AUGCAAAAUUAGGGUUUGCCUUGUUAAAUCGCUGAUGCACUUGACUAUCCAAGAGUACAUUAACAUAAGAGCUUCUGUGCAAAGCUUACUUUACUUUAUAUACAAAAUAAUUGUUGCUAUUUAUACAAAGUUUUCCUGCUUUAAUAUUUAUGCUAAUGAUCAACCGCAAGUCAUUGAUGUUGAUGGAGCGCAUGAUAAGCCCUAGUCCCCAGUGAGGCGUGUCCGGAGCUGUUGAGUCAGACUGCUCGAGAUGACGUCAUGAAAUUCACGCCAGUGGAGGCAAAUCGCAAGGUCAGGCUCAUCAGAAGAAAAGUCUAUGUUGUAAUCGUUGCAAUAAAGUCUAUCAGAUCUACCUCCAUCGUGGGAGAAUCUUUUUACAAGUGAAAUUCAACAAUUGCUUGAGCUUGACAAAAAACUAUCAUUUCGUAGCCUCUCGUUUUGAGAGAUGCUAAGGAGCAAAAAAUGAACGAGGAGGAUAUCGAUAAAACGUUUGGAUAUUUGCCGACCAAACAGGAUAAACCAGCAAGAGUAUGGGUGUUAGUCAUUCACCACGAGUUUGAAAAUACUGACGAUUCGAGAGCAGGAAACCAAGCAGACGUCUCAAAGCUCCGAGAUACCUUCACGAGAAGAAACUGCCAUUUCAAAGAUUUAAAGUCUAAGACCAAGGAAGAGAUUUUGAGCCGUUUAAGAAAUACCGAUGGAAAGUUAUUUUCACUGUUCGCCGAAAAUGGCGAAGAUGUUGAGACGCCGGAUAUGUUCAUCCUAAUCAUCCUGUCGCACGGCGCCUCAGGUGGCACUAUCUUCACGGACCAUCCAGCGAUAGAACCAAAAGACCCCAGCCAGCCGUUCGAGGAGUACCACACUGAUGACGUCUGGAAUGGACUCAAGGGGAUUCCUCAGCUGCAGGACAGCAUAAAGCUAAUUUUUUUCGGACCAUGUAGAGGCGUCAGUGGAGAAAUUCGCCUGCCAGCAACCAAGGAAACACUCGACAAAAAUCCUGUGCAAAAUAAAUCGAUGUGGUUUUCCAUCGGGCCGAAUUGUGAAAAUUUUGUGAUUUUCUACUCAACAGUUGAAGCUGUGAGAGCGCAGAGGAAUGCGGCGGGCACCUGGCUGGUGACGGCACUUUGCACAGAGCUCGACUCCAUGAGCAAGGACUUGGAUUUGAUUGUAUUCCUGACAAGGGUGAAAAGGCGUAUUUGCGAAAGUACUACCAUAGACAGAGCAAUUGGGCAAACACCACAGCUUCAGUACUCCAAACAUAAUGAAUUUACUGUAUCAAGUUUUCCGUUGAAAGAAAAAUCGGACGCCUUUUCGAAAACUGCUCCUGAUCAGUUGAUCAAUAUGGAUCGAUAUCAUUUCUACACUUGGAAAUCCACUAAACUUCUUCCGUUCAGAAGAGGGCGCGCUCUGAUAUUCUACGAUAAAAAUCACGCUUCUGUAGCGAAGGAAAUGCAGACUAGUUUCCAAUUUUUGGACUUUGAAACAAGAAUAUAUAGCGCGUCACGCUUGACCAAAAUCCUAAAAGAAGUGACUUCUGUGCAUAAUUCAGGGCUGAAAGAGGAUGGCGCAAUUGCUAUUUGCGUUUUGGCGAGGUUGCUUAAUAACGCUGAGCUCGGAUUGACUAUCGCCACUGCGGACGACGCAAAAGUUUCUGUGAAUGAGAUAACGCAUUCUUUCAUCGGAACAGAGUCCAAAGAUCUGGCUGGAAAGCCCAAGCUGUUCUUCUUCAUGGACGGCGGCUGCAGAGGUGACGGUCCUUUAAUUGGAGUUACUCCAGCCAAUUUUACUGUGGAAGGGAACAAUCAUGGAGGAAUUUUCACAUUUUUCGGAGUGGCCAAAUCCGAGAAAGACAACAUCGUGAGUGGAUUGAUAAACGAGCUGCAGAACCCAGAAUUGAAGAGCGGACUCAGCUUGCAAGAGGCGAUAGUGAAACUGUUGCGCCGGCACGAGGAGCCGGGUGGCGAAAUUCAAUUCCAGGUUGUAAGCACAUUGAGCCAUCUUCUCGACUUUCAGCCUUGCAGAAAUGCGUACAUAGUGCCUAAAUUCAUGUCGGAGGAAGCCGAAACGUCAAUUUCGUUCGAGGAAUUGGCGACGAAUAUGAAUGAUGUGGCAAUGAAACCAAAUGAUCGAUCUGCAAUCCGCUCGUGGUUGCUAAGAUCAGGAACUGGAAUGGGCAAAUCUGCGGCGACGCACGAGCUAGCAAAAAAGCUCCGAGAAACACUACCAGACACAUUUCUCGUCAUAGAUUUCUCAUUCAAAAAAUACAGUGACUACUUCCGUCAACUUAAAAUUGAUUCAAACGGAGAGUUCAAGCCGAGGCCAGAUUCCUAUAUCGAAUUCCUAGAAGUAGUUUUGGAAAAAGACUCUGAGCGGUGCAAAGCAUUAAAAACCAAAAUUAGUGAGCGAAAUGUUUUUCUACUCGGCGAUGGCUUUGAUGAAAUCUGCCCCGAGUACGAAAAGAUAGCAUCUGAGCUUCUGCGUCAGGUGAACGAGGCGUACCUGCCCCUCUGGAUUACGACUAGGAUUCAUGGAGAACAAAGCAUAAGAGACAAGAUUAACUUGCUCGGAAUAUUAGAUCUAUGUCCGCUGACCCGAGAGGAGCAAAUUAAGCUCUUGAAAAUAUUUUUGUACAAGGACGACGAGGAGUGCGCCGCUCUGCUGGAUAAGUUCAAUGGCAAUGGCAAAGGCGACUUCACAGGAACGCCAAUGCAGCUCAAGUUGAUAGCAGAAAUCGGCGAUGAAGUGCAUACAUUCGACGGUGGCCUCAAUUCUCUGUAUUACCACUUUGUCUUGAGCAAGAUUGAUAUUUAUUUGGAAGACUACAGUGGAACGAACAGGUCACAUAAGAAUUACGAAUCAUCAUUAUUGGAGAAUAUGGAUCUUUUGAUUGAACUAACCGUGGCGGCGUACUUCUUUAACGAUGAGAAGGUUUCAAGAGAAUUACUAAGAUACCAGCACCAUAUCAACCACAUUGGGAUUGUCAGAUUUUCAAUUAAUGAAGAAAAGAAACUCGAGUCUGUCACAUUUGAACAUCAGUCGUACGCGGAGUUUCUUCUAAGCCUCUUGUUCCUCUCAAAAUGUGGACACAAUUUAAUUAAAUCGAACGAGCCAUUGUGCCAGUACAUAGACAAUGUUCAACUGAGUGACUUAUUGCUGCAACGAAAAUUCGAUCAAGUGCGGUCGUUCAUAAACAGCUUCUUUUUAGGGGAUGCUAUGGCGCAAAAGAUUGAAGCUACCAAACUAGAAAUGAUCACGACCAAAUCAUUGCAGCAGCGCAAGAUUGAUUUGAUGUCGUACAUUUGCAAAGAGGGCCACGAAAACCUGUUCAAACUCUUCUUCGAGUCGAAACUUAAGGAGAAUUUUGGAGACAUAAGCACCCUAUUGAACACUCCAUUCGAAUACGAAUUUAGAAACGAUACUUACAAGUACUACCCUUUGUACGCCGCUUGCUUCUCCAAUGAAACUAUUGCUUUGCAUUUGCUCGAGUUGGGAGCCCAGCUUGAUUUACUCGAACCAAAAAAUUGCCGUACCGAGGAAGACAGCACGAUUUUACAUUUAGCAGCGAAAAGAAAUUUGUGUAAAAUUGCCAAAAUAAUAGUUGAAACUCAUCCCCAUCUAAUAACCAAGGAGGAUAAACAUCACAGAAUACCACUGGAUCACGCUGCUAAACGAGGAAAUUUGGAGUGCCUAAAGAUUUUGAUCGAAAACACAGCUAGCGAGCAGAGACUAGCAAUGAGGAAGCGAGCUCUUGAGAUAGCUUCAAUCGGUGGCCACUCUGAGAUGGUGCUAUAUUUGAUGGGUGAAAAUUUAGAUGUGAAGAAAGACAGAUACGAAUUUUCUCCAUUAUAUCACGCUGCAGUGCACGGGAAAACUGAUUUAUUGCGAAUACUUCUAGCGAAUAUACCAAGCGCGGUGAAUGAAAGCCACCUCUGUGUCAAUGGAUUGACUGCUAUGCACGGUGCCUGUAUGUUAAACCAACUUGAAUCUUUAGAAAUUUUACACAAAAACGGUGCUGACUUAAAAUUUUGGACGUCAAAAUAUAAAAACACACCUUUGCACACAGCUGCCGCCCACAAUAGUAUUGACUGCAUCAAUUUUCUACUUGCGCAAAAAGUAGAUGUCAAUGCAGAAGACACAUAUGGCGAAACUCCAUUUCAUUACGCAGCAGCCAAUGGUCGGUUGGAGGCGCUAGAAAUUUUAAAACAGCACGAUGCUAAUAUUUAUGCGGAAAGCAAGGAGCAACACCUGGAAAAGGAUAAGCCUGUAGGGAAACUGACUGCUCUGGACAAAGCGGCCAUGAACGCUCACAUCGGCUGCUUAGAUUAUCUUUUGAACUUUCCAUACACGGUCGAAAUGAGAAAGCAUGCAAUGUGGAUCGCUUUAGCACGUGCGAUAAAUCACAAGAAAAAAAUAAUCGACGUAUUGAAACUUUUCCUGGAAAGGGGAUUUUCCGUUGAUUUGGACCUGAUGAAUGGGCAGACUCCGAUCAUCGUGCUAGCACAGAGGUCACCCGAGUGGUACGAAAAUUCCCACGGACGAGUUCCUAAGUGCCAGCUCUUCGAGAAAGAAAAUAUCAACAGAGACGCACCAUUUCAUCCUCGACCGAGGGAGAUGACAAUCGCUUCCCCAAGUGAUGGAGAAUUGAACCCGUUUAUCCAGUGCAUUGUGCAUCUCAUCGAUAAAGGGGCAGACGUGAAUCUAGUGUCGGACAAAGGCAGUGCCUUGCACAUCGCCGCGGAAAACGGUGAUUUGCUUUUAGUCGAACUGCUGUUGAAAAAGGGUGCACAGCCAUCCAUAACCUGUUACCCUUUUAAUCACACUCCCCUGCACUGCGCUGCUCAAAACGGGCAUCUGGGGGUGGUGAGAAUCUUACUCCUCCAGAAGGAUGUAGACAUCGACGCGAGGAGUUUUCGCAGUGAGAGACCAGUGCAGAUGGCACUUGAGGGUGGCCACACGGCUGUAUUCGAAUAUCUGCUUACGCGCGGCGCGGAUGUGACUCCAACUUUUGGCUUGAUCCACCCCGAGCACUACAUCCUUGCCUGCAAAGCCGCGGAAAUGGGCCUGAGGAAGGAGCUGGAGAUGAUUUUGGGAGCAGCUCCUUCCGACGGAUACCAGAGGCAACUGGAUGGAGCGCUCACUGGCGCUGCCAGAGGCGGAAAAAUCGAUCUCCUGCGCGAUCUUGUACAAAUGGGAGCCAAUCCGACCCAUUCCUACCUCGACAAAGCCUUCAGCAGGUCUCCGUUGACGGCGGCAAUCAUGGCAGGAAAAUCUGAAAGCAUCGAGGCAUUGUUCCAACUCAUGGACGCACAGACGCAAGCAGAAGAAGCGAGCAUUGCCUUGGUGGCCGCUGUGCAGAAAAGGAACUUGGCGCUCGUUCGGAGACUAGUGGAAGAAAAGGGCGCUGACAUCAAUUGUAAAGACGAGAGCGAGUUUAGUCCGAUUACUAGAGCCACACAGUGGGGCAUUGACGAUAUAGUCGAUUAUUUCUUAGAUUUCCAACAUUUGGACCUGCUUGCGCCAUCCUUCAAUGGAAAAACGCCGGAGUCGUUCGUUGAUAACAUAAGCAACGAAGAAAUCAGGAAUCGCCUUGUUAGCCGCAUAAUGAAUCAAAAAUUAAAGUUUAGGACUGGUGCGUAAUGUACAUAUUGUUUUUGUCACCCGUGAUUGAAUUAUUCGAAUUAUAUUGACACAGGAAGAAGAUGAUUAACAUGUUUUUGGUGCUGUUUGGAAUAAUUUUUACUUUUUAUAUUUGACAUUUAGCUAUUAAUUUUAAUUUUUGGCGUAACAUGAGUUGUAUUUAAAUUUUGUGUGUGCAUAUAGACCUCAAAAUGAUGUUUUUAGUUUGAAAUUUUAAAUUGUUUUGAAAUAAAUAAAGACAAAUUGAUAAAUUCGCCAA